AUGGCGGCACCACAAGACAAUCGGCCAGGCGAAGAGGAAGAGGAAGAGGAGGAGAUUGACGAGUCUAGUUACAAGACAAUCAAAGAUGCCGUCCUCUUCGCCAUCGACGUUAGCCCAACUAUGCUUGAGAAACCCCCCAAAUCAGAAGAUAAGAAAGCUGAGCGCGAUUCGCCGACGUCUGCUGCUCUGAAAUGCGCCUAUCAAUUAAUGCAGCAACGAAUCAUCUCAAAUCCAAACGACAUGAUGGGUAUACUAUUAUUUGGCACUGAGACGACAGACUUGAAGGACGGUGACAACACGUUUCAAAACUGCUAUCUCCUUGCAGACCUUGACGUGCCAUCAGCUCAGGAUGUCAAGAGGCUCAGAGAUAUGGUGGAGAAUGAAGAAGAGGCCGAAGAGAUACUGAAGCCAACCAAGGAUGGUGCCAGCAUGGCAACCGUGCUGUUCUGUGCAAACCAAAUCUUCACUACAAAAGCGCCCAACUUUUCGUCUAGACGAUUGUUCCUAGUGACAGACAACGACUACCCAGUCAAGGUAAAAGCAGACAAGGACACAGCAGUCACACGGGCUCGCGACUUAUACGAUCUUGGUUGUACUAUCGACCUAUUCCCCAUAUCGCAACCAGACCAUACCUUCGAUCGAUCGCGUUUCUAUGAUGACCUCGUGUACCCAACAUCACCAUCCGAUCCUGACGCGCCCGUUGCCAUACCGUCGACUACCAAAGUUGCGAAGAGUGGCGAAGGCAUAUCUCUUCUCAAGCAACUCAUCUCUUCCAUCAAUUCCAAAGCUGCACCCCGCCGCGCUCUAUUCUCAUUACCCAUGGAGCUUGGUCCCGAUCUCCGUAUUGGUGUAAAGGGAUACAUCCUUAUCAAACGUCAGGAACAUGUCAAGUCUUGCUACGUAUGGGUUGGCGGUGAAAAGCCGCAGAUCGCGGUGUCUACAACCACACAGAUGGCAAACGAAUCAGCCCGGGCCAUUGAGAAGACCGAGCUGCGGAAAGCGUACAAGUUUGGCGGCGAUGCAAUCACCUUCACGCCCGAAGAGAUCACACAAAUACGGCAAUGUUUUGGUGAGCCUGUAAUUCGGAUCAUUGGCUUCAAGCCCAUUUCCAGCGUUCCUAUCUGGACUAACACGAACAAAUCAACUUUCAUCUACCCCUCAGAAGCAGAUUACAUUGGUUCAACCCGUGUCUUCUCAGCCUUACAGCAAAAAUUGCUAAAGUCUCAGAAGAUGGGCUUAGUAUGGUUCAUUCCGCGCCGCAACGCUGCACCCACGCUUGCAGCCCUCAUCCCCAGCGAAGAGAGGAUAAAUGAAGAAGGCGAGCAAUUAAUGCCACCGGGACUUUGGCUCGUACCCCUCCCCUUCGCAGACGACAUUCGGCAAUUUCCAACGCCACCGGAGCAACCACUCAAGACCACAGAUGCGCUGACCGACAAGAUGCGCCUCAUCAUCGAGCAACUUCAACUACCCAAAGGCAUAUACGAUCCUUCCAGAUACCCUAACCCAGAUUUGCAAUGGUUCUACCGCAUCUUACAAGCGCUGGCCCUCGAAGAAGAACUACCGGUCCACCCCGAAGACAAAACCAUUCCUCGUUACAAGCAAAUUGACAAGCGGUGUGGUGAGUACAUUGAAGACUAUGGUAAAGAAUUUGAAGAAGCAUACGCACAACAGCAAAAGUCCGCGCUAGCUCAUCGCACUAAGCCUACAGCAAAGAAACGCCCGGGUGGCGGUGCAGAUGGUGAGGAUAAGCCAGCCGCUAAGAGAGUCAAGAAAGAACCAAUGGUCAAAGCUGAAGACGGUGGGGAAGAAGAAGAUGGUAUGACUGAUCAGCAAAUGGCGGAUCUGAACAACAGUGGAAAAAUCAGCAAGCAAACAGUUGCUGUGCUGAAGCAAUGGCUCAGCGCAAGGGGUCAGAGCAUUGGGGGUAAGAAAGCAGAGCUUCUGGAGAGAGUGCAGGAGUAUCUCGAGGGCAAGGGUCUGUGA